AUGUCUGGCAGUGGCGAGCCUUCUGAGGACCCACCGAAACGACAGCGGUUGGAGGCUGAGGAGAUCCAUGUUGCUGUAGAUGAUGCUGGAGCCGUUAAACUCGACAAGAAGACUUUUCGAGACAUUGCUAAGAAGUAUCGGAAAGUGGAGGGGCUCGGCAAAAAGGGUGUGAAACGGAUAGCCAAAUCGCUGAAGCAGCGAAGAGACCUUCGUCACAAAUCGAUCAUACAGGAGGCUGAUGAAGCCCAGCUCGUCGCUACUGAGAUUUUCGCGACUAACGACGAUGCUGGGGCGAUUGAGAUGGACGAUGGCGUUCGCAAGUCCUAUAGCCUCACCCAGAAGGAACUAGCCUCACAGGUUGAUAUUGGUACGCAACGUAAGCUGUUCAACUUCAGCCUCCCUGGAGGGUCCUUCACUGUGAAUACAAGCAGCAACGGUCGGUAUAUGGUCGUGGGCUCUCGCGGUGGGCAGUUUACGGUCUUGGAUCGACACAGUAUGAACCCUCUGUGUUCGGAACAGCUGGACGAGCCCAUUUUGGAUGUUGCCUUCUUACACGACCACACUCUGUUUGCGGCGGCACAGCGAAAAUACACGUACAUAUACGACUCAGCUACUGGUGCUGAGGUACACUGCCUGAAGGACCAUCUUAAUAGCACCCAUUUGGAGUUCCUGCCAAAACAUUACCUCCUAGUGAGCGGAUCGGAGACUGGAGAAAUACGGUAUAGGGAUGUGUCUACCGGCCAACAUGUUGCCAAGAUUGUCACGAGGCAAGGGCCGAUACAGUCUAUGCGGCAGAACCCUGCUAACGCUGUAGUGGUCACUGGUCACACUCGUGGGCAUGUAUGUAUGUGGACGCCUAAUAUCAAGGAACCAGCAUUGAAGAUGCUGGCACACUUCGGACAGGUGACCGCUCUGGAUGUCACUAGUGAUGGGAAAUAUCUGGUCACUUGUGGAACUGACAGUAAAUGGAAAGUAUAUGACCUUCGAAAGCCAUCGGAAGAAUUGCAGCGUUGUAGUUUCUCUGGACAGGCUCCGACGUCUAUGGACAUCUCUUUCGGCGAUGCCGACUUGGCAUUUGGUUUCGGCUCAAACGUUUCGGUCUUCCGAGGAGCAGAUGUCUUUAGGAGUGGCAAGGCACCCAGUACUUACUUGAAGAACAACUACAGCGGUCAGCAAGUGUCUAGUGUCCGAUUCGUCCCGUAUGAAGAUCUGUUGCUUGUGGGCACCAGUGGUGGCUUCAACUCUAUGCUGGUACCGGGCGCUGGUUACACACAGUUCGACUCCUAUGUGGCUAAUCCUUUCGAGACUACUAAGCAGCGCCGCGAGACUCAGGUGAGGAGCUUGCUCGAGAAGCUGCAGCCUGAUAUGAUCGCUCUUGAUGCGAACUUCAUCGGCCGAGUACAACCCCCGAAGAAGAUUCCCGCUAAGCCACUGCUUGAUAGUGAUGAGAGCGAGGUUGAGGAGGAGUCCUUUGCGGCGAAGCAUAAAAUGCGGGGAAAAUCCAAAGCCGGCAAGCGUCAGCAACGAAUGAACAAAAUGCGAGGGGAAGCGGAGCGCAAGAGGCGGGCGAGAAGAGCCGGUGAAAGCAAGGUGGAUGUGGCGGAGAAAAGCCUUGAGUCGGCCAGGGCAGAGCACGGGGCUCUAGCCCGGUUUUACGUAAACAAGACUGAUUAG